UUACAAAAACGGCCGAUACGACCAAGUGCUUGGAUUUUCACAAAAUCGGACAACUGGCAACAGGUGCAACGUUUUCUUUUUUUUCUUUCUGUACUAAAAAUACCACAUCAGCAAUUUUACCAGGAGCCAGUAUACCUUCAUUUAUACCUUCAUUUUUCUUUCCAAUAGCCGACGCUUUAUAGAAGAUUGGUGACUGGGGAGCUGGUGGAAGAGAGAGACUGGGACACUGGUUGGGGCCAUGUUGACUCUGAGCUGCGCAGACACCUGGCCUGAGGGCUCUGUGGCACUGGAGGAGGAGGUGGUGACUGCAGCCGCUCAGGCUGAAGAGCUGGAUGGCAGCGUCACCCAGAGCAGCAAUGGCUGUAGCAGUUCAGUCUGCCUGGAUGACAGCCUGACCAGCCUCCAAUGGCUUCAAGAGUUCUCCAUCAUAAAUGCCAGUGGAAACCAACAGGUGCCCUUUUCUGGGCAGAACCAGCAUCCCCUCUGUGGGCAUCAGCGGCUGGUGGGCUCUGAGGCCCCGGCCUCCCCCAUGGCAGCUGACCCGGCAUCAAUGGGGAUGCCCCAUACCCCAGGAAAGCCCACGUCCGCCGCCUUUUGUAGGGGCCCCUCCUCAUCUGCCCUCCUAGGCCUGGUCACUUAUGGCCACUGCCCAGAAGAGGUGGACUACAAGACCAAUCCCCAUGUGAAACCACCUUACUCCUAUGCCACCCUCAUAUGCAUGGCUAUGCAAGCUAGCAAGAAGUCCAAGAUCACCCUGUCAUGCAUCUACAAGUGGAUCACUGACAAUUUCUGCUACUUCCGCCAUGCUGAUCCCACCUGGCAGAAUUCCAUCCGACACAACCUCUCCCUGAACAAGUGUUUCAUAAAGGUUCCCCGGCAGAAGGACGAGCCCGGGAAAGGAGGCUUCUGGAAGAUCGACCCGCAGUACGCCGACCGGCUGCUGAGUGGCGCUUACAAAAAGCGUCGCCUGCCCCCGGUGCAGAUCAAUCCCGCACUGCAGGCCAGGGUGAAACCAGCGGGACCCCUGCCUGCGCUCGGGAGACCAGGAGAGCUGUCUGUCAGCCCAGAGUCCCAGCAGCUUCUGCAAGAAUUCGAAGAGGCUACCGGGGUGGACCAGAACUGGGACCCCUGCGGUGCGGAGGCCAACGUGUCCGGGGCCUGGUUGUCAGGGAAGGGGUGUGGCUUCAAGAGGAAGCAGCCGGCGCUGCGCAGAACGUCGAUGGUGAAAGCCCCCCGGCGCUCCAGCUCCCCCUUGCUGUGUGUGGAUGAGCAGAAGGAGCUGGGCUCUCUGAAGGGCGACUUCGACUGGGACGCCCUGCUGGACUCGGAGCUGUGCGGCGAGCUGAGCCUGGACAGCACCUGCCAGCUCAGCCCCAUGGAGCGGGACGACGACCUGACGGUGCGCGGCCGGCACAUCGGCCGCCCGCAGCAGUGGAGCCCCCUGGAGGCCUCCGCCGACAGCACAGGCAGCUACAUUCUCUCCGAGACCCAGCAGAGCAGCUUGGACUUUGAUGAGGAGACAUUCCUGGCCACUGCCUUCUUGCAGAGCCCCUGGCCUGAGGAGGACGAGGCAGGCCAGGGUAAACGUGCCGAUUUUCUCUGCAACUCUGGAGUAAACUUCGACCAGCUGCUCAACCUCAGUGACUCAUUCAGUGGUGACCUCAGCAGUAAGAUUGAGUCCUUUCUUUGAGAAAAAAAGGUCUCCCUUCUCACUCCCCUCCAGGGAAAACUGACUUGUAAGAAAACAGAGAGGUCUAGACUGUUUCACCUCUAUGCACAUUCUCAUUCAUUCCAGGCAUCAGCCUGCCAUCCAGAUUUUAGAGAUGCUGUCUGUUCAAGUUGUCAUUUUCAGCAAACUGUCAAGUGCUGGUUCUCUUGAGAUGAACAAAUUAAGAGCGGUUCAAAAUAUCCCCAAAAAAAAGAAGUACAAACAUUGAUUGCAAUUUGCAUAUUGACCUGGAGUCUUACUAGUGUAUUUUCAAGAAAUUCAUUGUAAUACUGAAUGGAAGUUAGUGAAUACUUGGAUAAGGCAUUUCAGGAAAUGCACAGGGCCAGUCCUGCCUCAGAAUCAGGAUAAUGACGUUGCCUGGUGCUGAAGAAAUACACAGGGCUUUGUCUUUGUUUACUUGCUGUGUCUAAGGGUCCCAAAGCUAUUAAUGCAGCUAUAACCAUUUGUGAGUAUCAUGAUUGUUCAUAUUCAUGUACAUGUAAUCAUCAGACACUCAAUUACAGGUCUCAAUUACAGCAACGACAUGCAAA